AUGUUUCAUAGAAGAACAAUUAUUUAUCUAUUUUAUAUUAUUAUUUUUAAUAAACAAUAUAAUUUAAUUUAUAGUGAAUGUCCACCAAAUUCAAUUAUUGAACCAUGUUCAUGUGUUUUAACAAUACCAUCACAUACUUAUUUAUUAUAUAAUGAUUUUGAACCUGAAACAAUAUAUAUUGAAAAAAAAUCUAUUGUAUGUGAACAUAUAUAUAAUUUAUCAUUUGAUAUACAAAAAAUUUUUUUUAAUCUUAAUUCAUAUUUAAAUAAUAAUGAAACAAAUUUUGAUAAUUUUCUUUUAUAUAAUACAUCUAUUCAAUAUAUACCAAAAAAUGUUUUUUAUAAUAUAACAUUUAAAAGUUUAAUGUUUCAAGAUAAUAUUUUAUUAACAAUAAUUGAUGAAUAUGCAUUUUAUAAUUCUAAAGAUUAUAUUGAAGUAUUUGAAACAUUAAAUACAAAUUUAUCUGAUAGUAAUACAAUAUUUUCUAUAUUAAGACAAUUUCAAAAUUUACGUCGUAUUAGUAUGCAUAAUGAUCGUUUAACAAAUAUUCCUGAUUAUGCAUUUAAUCAUACAAAUUUAAUAAAUAUUUGGUUUGGUCUUGAAAAUCGACGAACAAAUCAACCAAUAAAAAGUAUUGGUCAAUAUGCUUUUUAUAAUGUACCUAAUUUAAGAUUUUUACGUAUAUUUUCACCUUAUUUAAUACAAAUAAAUAAAUAUUCAUUUGCUCAACAUAUACGUUUAUCAUCAAAUACUACAUUAGGUAUUUAUAUAGGUGGACAAUUAUUAAAUUCAACUAGUUUUCCAUUAACAUCAUUAAGUCGUUUUCGUAAUCGAAGAAUAUAUUUACGUUUAUAUUUUACAAAUAUAACAUAUUUAGAUGAAAAUAUAUUUCAACCAUUUCUUGAAAUUAAUCCAUUUUCAAUCAUUGAUAUGCAUCCAUCAAAUAUACAUUUUCAAUGUGAUUGUCAAUCGGCAUGGAUUCAACAUGAUUAUUCACGAAAUGUUGAUGAAUUAGAAAAUCGUGUUUAUGGAUAUAAAUGUUGGUCAUAUGAUUUUUCUAAUUGCACAUUAAAUAAAUAUAAAGAAAAAAAAAGCCUAUUAAUUAAUUAA